AGAACGAUCAAGUGACGCAUAACACUGACAUUCGUCUACCAGACAACUGAUAUCACCGGACGGUUUGGCAUAUAUUUAAGGCACGCUUAAAAUUGUGAAAUAAUAUCUGACGAUAAACUCGAACAUUCAUCUAAAUUGGUUUGACAAAGAUGGUAUUUCGAGUACUAAUUGUGUGUGCGUUGAUCGCUUUGUUUAACAAGAACUAUGCGCUAUCUAACGACUUGGAUCUACAAGCCCGAAUCGAAAAGCUAGAGAGAAGAAUCGAGCUUGAACAAGAAUCGUGCAAAGAGAUGAAUGCACGACUAAAAGAGGAAGUGCAGAGUCUUAGAAACAUCAUCACGAAUGAACACCGCAACGGGACAUUAACACAUGUCUACAAAAGACAGAGUACUCCGGAAGUUGUUGCAUUCACCGCCUACCUUAGUUAUAACCCAGAACAUAUCGCAGAUGGACAGAUCAUUCCCUUUGACAGGACCAUCACAAACCUUGGUAAUGCGUUUAACAUCCACUCGCAUACGUUCAUCUGCCCCGUCGAUGGAUUGUAUAUGUUUUCCGUUGUCAUUUCCCAUUUGACAAUUGGAGAGGUUCUUGGAAAACUAGUCAUCGAUGGGGUAAAUAUUGUUGAUGCGAUUGCUGAUCCAGUAACAAAUGGCCAUGACCAACAGGGCAUAAAUAUGGCAGUCGUUCAGGCUAGAAAAGGACAAGCUGUGCAAGUGGUCAACUAUUUAUACAAUGACGUCUGGUACCGCAGCGACGAAACAAAUAGGUUUUCAACAUUCAGCGGAGUGCUCCUUCAAGAAAUGUAAACGUGUACUAUCUACAAUCAUUGUUGUUAAAGUGCAUUGCAUUUAUCUUGUAAUUGGCUGUAUGAGACUCAGAUAUGCAUCUUUAGUGUUCAUUUAACAGUGAACAUAAAAAGUCGACAUUUUAUUAAAAUCAAAUGAAUAAU